AUGAAGACAAUACUUGCUGCCUACCCCGGUGUCCUAAAAGGUAAGAGAUGCGCCUUAAUGAAAAAUGCACUGUUUGCAUGCAGACUUCAAACGUCAUAUCCAGCAAGCGUCUUUCGAAAUGCAUCCACUUCAUGAUAUUCCAAAUCAUAUUGUGUUAACGUUUAAUCCGUUUUCGUGAGCUAUAGAAGCAGCUUGCAAGACAUUCUGAUGUGACAGAGGACUAUGGCAGCCCAGACAUAAACAGACGUUUGUUGUGGAUGCUAUAGUUUUGUGUUAGCAAUAGUUUUCAAUAUUUCGUAUUUCAUAAUUUCCAUUUUCUAAAUAGUGAUUGAGCCCUUAUUUGUUAGACAACUCUGUGUGAUCAAAUGGUAAUGUAGGCUGCAUCUAUGUAUGUAGGGAAAUAGGCUCUUGUCUAGAAAUCAUUGUCAUGUGAUCCAUUUGUUCUGAAAUACAACACAUAGUCAACAAAUAAGUGUGUGUACUGUAUGUGUGAGUGUGUGAUGAAGAGUGUAUCUGGGCACAGUGGUUUUCAUACAUGUUGCUUGUAUAUUUUUGUGUGUUUAUGGGUCUGAUCUGUGAAAAAGAGUACACCAGGGGCAUGUUCAGUAGGAAAACAUACACGUUGAAGAUAGAAAUAUCAUGAAUAGACCUGACAAGUUCCCUUAUUCUACAUGCCAGAGAGGCCAGUUUGUUCAACAUAAUCUAUUUCUAUCUGCAAUGUUCCACAACGUUGUGCCCUUCUGCUGCCCGGUAGUGGGCAGAUGUGAGGUCGGUGACUGAUUCACUGUGUAGUACUACUAGUCCACAUCAUGUCCCUGACUCUCUGAGACUGAUCCUACCCAGUAGCCCUAACUGAAAGCAUCAUUGACUUAAUGUGAGAGUGUGGGCCAGAGCGCAGAAUGUUUGUUUUACAGCAUGACAGUGUUAUUUAGUCUUUCAAAAUGGGAUUAUGUGGCUGUGUUGAUCAGGCACUUUGAGCUUGAGUAGAUUUAGCACAGUCCCCUCAGUGGCUCUCUCUCAUGCUGUGGGCUCGUCUGUCACGGUCACUUCUACAUGUAGCUGUCUGGACUGUGGCUCUGCUCUGGCCCUAUUUCAUGGGUAGUGAUCAGACCAUGGUGGUAAGUGGCUUUGUCUCUAUAGCGACUGCAGUGGCGGAGGGAAUUUGAUGUGAUAUGUGGUGUUUAUUGCUUGUGGUCUGUUUCAACACAGAGCUUUGUAAGGGAUGAGCCUUUGUUCAGUGUCUCAAGUCUGUAAUCUAAUUUCCCUUGUUCAUGUGUGUUUCUGUGUAUUUGACAGACUUUGAGAGCCUGGGAAAAGGAUGAUGACAGUUUCAUUAUUUGUAUCUCUUUAGUCUUCUUGCUGACUCCCUUGAGACUGUGACUUAAUCCAUUGAUGUGGUUCUUAUGUACUUUACAGUAUGACUCAUUUAUGACCCUGUCAAUCUCCUUUAGGCACCGGCUGCAGCAUCCUCUCCGUCCUGCAGAAUCUACCCUCCGCUCCUUGGCCUGCCCUCCGAUCCAAGAUGGAGAAACACCUGCAGGUCAUCUCAGUUCUGCAGUGGGUCAUCAGCUUCCUUGCCAUGGGUGAGUGUGCGAUUGUCUCUCAGUGUGGCUCUAACUAGUAGUGGCUGAAGGAUAUAGUGGCCCUUUGAUUUAUUCCAUAUUUUGUUGUGUUACAGCCUGAAUUCAAAAUGCAUUAAAUAUGUAAAAAAUCUCACCCAUCUACACACCAUACCCCAUAAUGACAAACUGAAAACAUGUUUUUAGAAAUUUUGGCAAAUUCAUUGAAAAUGAAAUACAAAAAUAUCUAAUUAAAUAAGUAUUCACACCCCUGAGUCAAUACUUUGUAGAAUAAACCUUUGGCAGCGAUUACAGCUGUGAGUCUUUUUGGAUAAGUAUCUAAAGCCUUGUUCACACUGCAGGCCUUAAUGCUCAAAUCAGUUUUGUUUUUCAAAUCCGUUUUGGACUACCGACUGUCCAAACAGCAAGUUACAAGUUACCAAAUCAGAUUUAUUUGUGUGGGUUCAGACAGCAGUCAUUUGCUGACACAGCUAUGCUAGUUGUCAUAGUAACGACGGGUGUGUGUGCAGGGGUGUAGGCUGAUUGGUAGUGUUGCUCAUGCUUCCUAUCACUCAGAAGUUGUGUAGCAAGCGAAGGUGACAACAAUGCCUGCCAUGGACGUUUCCCAAUUGCUUUGAAUGUUCAAAAUCCUAGUGUAAGAACACUUUUAAAGCCUCAAAGGAUAAGUCCUAGCUAGGUAGCUUUUUAGCUUUCUAGCACGUUCACUAAUUUGUUUGUAAACAAUUAACAAGCUAGUUAGCUACCACGUUCUUGUCAAACUGUCAACAGUCUAAAAACCACUUGAGGGCCUACGAAGGUGGUUUGAAAUGUGGCUUAAAAUAAAUAGGUCAUUUAGCAGACGCUCUUAUCCAGAGCGACUUACAGGAGCAAUUAGGGUUAAGUGCCUUGCUCAAGGGCACAUCGACAGAUUUUUCACCUAGUCGGCUCGGGGAUAAGAACCAGCGACCUUUCGGUUACUGGUACAACGCUCUUAACCACUAAGCUACCUGCCGCCAUUGAAAUAUCCCAUCCCAUGUGCUUUUUGGCUGUUCAGACUGCAGGAAAAAUAACAGAUAAGAAAGCUCUUUUGCAUAUAAAUAGGAUGUGAGUCACUUCAAACUGCCAAUGUGAACACGGCUGAAGAGUUUUCCACACCUGGAUUGUGUAACAUUUGCCUGUUAUUUUUUUAUUUAUUCUUCAAGCUCUGUGAAAUUGCUUGUUGAUCAUUGCUAGACAACCAUUUUCAGUUCUUGCCAUAGAUUUUAAAGUAGAUUUCAGUCAAAACUAACUUGGCCACUCAGGAACAUUCCUUGUCUUCUUGGUAAGCAACUCAAGUGUAGAUUUGGCCUUCUGUUUUAGGUUAUUGUCCUGCUGAAAGGUGAAUUCAUCUCCCAGUGUCUGGUGGAAAGCAGACUGAACCAGGUUUUACUCUAGGAUUUUGCCUGUGUUUAGCUCCAUUCCGUAAAUGUAAUGAAGUUUAAAUUCAGGCUGUAACACAACAAAAUGUGGAAAAAGUCAAGGGGUGUAAAUACAUUCUGAAGGUGCUUAAAUGUAAUGGCGUGCCUCAUGGGAACCGCAACUUUGUCAGUAAACUUUCCAAAUGUUGACAAAACAAAAUACGCUAGACAAGGUGGGAUCUUUUUGUGUCAUUAAAAUUAAUGAUGUGAGAAAUGAUGGUGGAAACACCUUUAUUCGCAAAUAUUGAUAUAAUAACCAUCAUAUCGAAGUAAACUUGGAGUCACGCGAUGACAUGGUGUGUGCUCCUCCCACUACGACUCGGGAAACCAUUUAGUUUAUUAGGCUACAGAGGUCAUGGCUAGAAGGGAUCAAGCUUUUGUCAAAUUAACGUCAAAACUAGAUUUGUUUUGUGCAUUUUAGCUUACCGUAACCCUUUUCCUAACCUAAUUAUCCUAACCUGCUACGUAAAUUAUCCUAACCUGCUACAAAACAUAAAAUCUGAUGUUAAUUUGACAAAAGCGGGAAAAUGCACAUAUUUACUUUAUGCAGAUUUUAGAAUAUUCACAUGACUAUCUUUCGCCAAUUGGAUGGAAACCUAGCUAGUAAAGUACUUGAAUGUUACUCAUAAAUGAUUUGAUAUUGAGAUAAAAACGGCUGCAUUGGACCUUUAAUGAAGUGUGGUGCAGGUGCUGAAUGCCUGUUCCUCUGCUCUCUCCCCUAUCCUAUCCUACCCCAUAGGCGCCGCUGGCACUGUGCUGUUAAUCUACAUGUUCUGCACAGAUCUCUGGGUGAUCGCUGCCAUGUACACUGCCUGGCUCAUCUUCGACUGGAACACCCCCAAACAAGGCAAGUACCACAGUCACUCAAACCCUCUCAACACUGGUCAGGUUAAGAGAGUUUUUCCAUGUCAGCCUUGGGAUUUGAACUUCAAACCUUUUGGUUACUGGCUUAACCUCAAGGCUAUUACUGCCCUAUUGUAGUUAAACGUAGUGCCCUAUAUAGGAAACGGGUGUCAUUUCAGACGCAGUGUUUUGUGUCUGUGACCAUAGGGAGCUGUGCUGGGAAAUUGGGUAAUUGGCACCCUGUUACUGUUGAUGUAAAUUAUUCAGGAUGUGGGUUACAUUAUUCAGGAUGUGGGUUAUAGUCUGACUGGAGAUCUCACCUCGGUCUUCUCAGGUGGCAGGAGGUCCUCUUGGGUGAGGAACUGGACCAUGUGGACUUACUUCAGAGACUACUUCCCCAUCAGGGUGAGUGGAAAGGAGUAGACUUAACAUUUAAAGGAAUACUGUGUGUGUGUGUGUUUGUGUGUGUGAACGUACGGGUCUCUCUGGGUCUGCGUGUGUGCGUGCAAUGUGUGUUGGGGUGUGAGGCCAGAUAA